AUGUCUGCCGUCGACGCACUUGCUGACUCCGUGGCUGCGACCACCAUCUCCGACAAGCCCGAAACCAACGGUGUGACUUCAUCUCAGGCCGCUAACGCUGCUGCCGCCAGCGCCGAUGAGGGUCGCCGUCUUUACAUCGGAAACCUCGCAUACGCGACCACAGAGGAGGAGCUCAAGGAGUUCUUCAAGUCCUACACCAUCGAGACUACUUCGAUCCCGGUGAACCCACGCACUAACCGCCCCGUUGGCUACGCGUUCGUGGAUCUUGCCACUGCCGCCGAAGCUUCUGCUGCCAUCGAAGCCCUCUCCGGCAAGGAAAUCCUCCAGCGCAAGGUUUCCGUGCAGCUUGCCCGCAAGCCAGAGCCCGCCGAGCCCAAGGAAGGUGCCGCCAGCAACGGCGAUGCCGCCAGCGGCGCUGAAGGUCGCAAGCGUGCUGGUGGUCGUGGUCGUGGCCGUGGCCGCGCCCGCGGUCGCGGUGGCCGUACUGGUCGCAGCCGUGCUGUAUGUCAAGAAUCCCUCUCCCAACUCGAAUCUGCCCACAUGGACUUUCUGGACUGGUUACUGACUAUCGAAAAGGCCCAGGAUGACCAGGAAACCCCCGAGGUUGCCGCCGGUGAAGCCCCUCUCGCCGACGCUACCAACGACAAGGAUGCUGGUUCCGACGCUGGCAAGUCUCGUGCUGCCCGUCCCCAGAAGCAGCGUGGUCCUCCCGAGGACGGAAUCGCUUCCAAGACCAAGGUCAUGGUUGCUAACCUUCCCUACGACUUGACCGAGGACAAGCUGAAGGAAAUCUUUGCCGCUUAUGAGCCCGUCUCCGCCAAGGUUGCUUUGCGUCCUAUCCCCCGUUUCAUGAUCAAGAAGCUGCAGGCCCGUAACGAGCGCCGCAAGACUCGCGGUUUCGGUUUCGUCAACCUUGCCUCUGAGGAACUCCAGAACAAGGCUGUUACCGAGAUGAACGGCAAGGACAUUGAUGGCCGCGUCAUCGCCGUCAAGGUCGCUAUCGACAGCCCCGGAAAGGAGGAUGAGGACAUCAACGCCCCUACUGAUGAGGAGACCCCUGCUCCCGCCCAGGAGAAUGCCGCCCCUGCUGCUGCCACCACCGAGGCUUAA